AUGGCAUACGUCUUUCGUUUUUCUCGCAACUACAUUGCAAAUUUCAAGAAGCAGACAGUAACUACUGGUCCGCUAACUUUGAAGGAGAUUUCCAACGCUGAGGACUAUUUGAUCCGGCAAGCUCAAGCAGACGCCUAUCCGGACGAGCUCGCGCUUUUGCAGAAGAAACAGCACAGAACUCACGGCAUUACGCUGCCUAAAAAUAGUCCUUUGUACAAGCUUACCCCGUGGAUCGAUGAGCGAGGAGUUAUGCGAAUGCGCGAGCGGAUUGCCGCUUGCCAUUAUGCUACCGCGGAUGCCAAGAAUCCAAUCAUUUUGCCCCAUACACACCACACCACUUUGCUUAUUAUCGCACACCACCACCAAAAAUAUCACCAUCAAAACUAUGAAACCGUAAUCAACCAAAUACGUCAAAAAUAUUGCAUCUCUCGACUCCGCGCUACCGUUACUCGAGUACGUAAUAACUGCCAGCAAUGUAAAAACGAAAGAGUAUCUCCACAGCCUCCCAUAAUGGCUGAUCUUCCCCCAGCAAGACUAGAUGCUUUUACACGACCGUUUACUAACGUAGGCAUCGAUUACUUUGGCCCACUUGACGUUGCUGUAGGAAGACGUACCGAAAAGCGUUGGGGAAUGCUUGUUACCUGCUUAACAGUCCGAGCAGUCCAUAUUGAAGUCGUCCAUUCACUGAACACCAACUCAUGCAUAAUGGCACUACGAAACUUCAUCUCUCGUCGUGGCACUCCGCGGACGAUCUAUAGUGAUCGCGGAACCAACUUCAUUGGAACCUACCGUGUGCUGAAACAAGUUGAGAUGUCUUUCAACAUGCACGAUAUGGCUAAGGAGUUUGUUUCUUCAGACACCGAAUGGGUCUUCCUACCUCCCUUAUCACCGCACAUGGGCGGGUGUAGGGAAAGGUUGGUCGGCACUGUGAAGCGGAACCUUAUGACGAUCUUGCCACCCCAUAAAUUGUCAGAUGAAAUGCUACGUAACGCAUUAACCGAGAUCGAAAAUUUAGUUAAUUCACGUCCGCUGACUCACGUUCCAAUAGAUAACGAUUCCGCUCCGGCGCUGACACCGAAUCAUUUCCUGCUGGGAUCAUCGGAUGGAACUAAACCGCUGUGUACACUCGAAGAUAGCGGUACCAUGUUACGGCGAUGUUGGCGUACUUCACAGAUCCUCGCGAACCAAUUCUGGCGACGUUGGGUAAGUGACUACUUCCCUGUGAUCACUCGCAGAGCGAAAUGGUUCGCUAAUGUGAAAGCGAUUGAAGUGGGCGAUGUAGUGGUAAUCGUUGAUCCAAAGAGCCCACGAAACUGCUGGCCCAAAGGCAAGGUAAUUGAAGUCUGUCGUGGCAGGGAUGGCCUACCUCGAUCAGCAACUGUAAGAACGGCGAGCGGUAUCUACGAUCGACCGGUGGUCAAGCUGGCCGUGCUAGAUGUACGGCGCGACGAAUAG